AUGAAAUAUGUACCAGUUAUUAUAGAUUAUAAAUAUCAUAAUCUUCAAACUAUAACUACUAAUUCUAUUGAUACUAUAUGGACUCAUCAUUCUCAAAUACUACCAAUAAUCCAUAUUGUAUAUUCCACUCUACUAAGAAUUUCCAACAUUCAAAAAUGCUAUCAAAUUCAUCAAUUCGCUAAAUAUCUUGAAUCAGUUUACACAAAAUGUGGCAUUGAUGAAGAUGAAGAUAUUAUUCUUCGAAACUGUCAAAAUUUUUUAUAUACUUCAGAA